UUGUUAUUAUUUUAGUCAAAAGAUAGACAUUAAACGUCAAACAAAUUUUAAAUUUCAGAGAGAAAAAUGAAUAAAUUGUAUAAAGGCGCUUAAAAUAUUUUCGUUAAAAAAGUUAAUGAGACUAUUAAAAUUUAGAACUUGUCUAAAAAUAUAAGAGGGUUUGAAAGAAAAUACUAAUAUUUAGAUAGUUUAAUCAGAUACAGUGAGUUAUGUUUAACAGGAGGUACAAGAGCACCCUCUUAUGGAACUGACUUAAGUAAUUUGUGCUUAGAAAUUCUAGGAAAAGAUAACCAUAUUUGGUUUACUGAAUUUGGAAGCAAUGAUGAACUUAUAGUGUUAGAUUAAAAAAUAGAAUACUUUUUACAGAAUUGUCUUCUCAUUAUUGAAAACAGCAAAUAAGUGCAGAAAAUUAUUCUGAUGUCACUUACAUAACUUUCAUGUAUUGACUAUCCUAGAGAUUAGAGAGUUUAAACACUUGGAUACAGAUGCAUCACUAUCUUGAAAAAUAUAUUAUCUAAAGGAAAUGAGCUUAAAGACUUAGUUGAAAAAUCGAUUUUAGAAAUAAUUAUCUAAAAUAUCAAAAUUGAAAACUGGUUUAUGAUCUCAGACAUUUAAGUUAGUGGUGUUAUAUCAUUUUUAGAAGUUCCAAAUAUUGCAAAUUUGUUUAUUGUUGAUGAAGAAAUAUUUCCUUUGAUGCACAAAUGGAUUUGUUAGAUUACCGAUUUUAUUGGGAACAAAAAAUUAUGCUAUAACGAUAAUGAUGAUGAAGACUAAGAUGAAAGAGAUGAUCAAAAUUAAAAUGAUUAAAAAGGAAACCUUUUGUAAAAUAAUACUUAGUAACUUAAAUUUUCUAAAAACUUUCAUAAAGCACACUAAAUCCUACAGCUAAUUGAUAUCUGCAUGAGUAAUAAGCACCUCAUAAGCAAAUUUAUUUAAGACGAUACUGAUAAGAAUUAUUUUUUAAAAAUGUAUUAUAAUUUUUUGAAUGAAGUCAAUUUAUAAUUUUUGAAGCUUGUUUAUUAAGGAGAGUAAUUCAUUACAUACUACUAGUUUUAGAUUACACUCCUUUCUUUAAUUGAAAAAUUUAAUAUUGUAAUUGAAGAAUAGCUGUUUGAACCAUACAGUAGCUCUAAAAUUAAUUACGAAUAAUCGCUUUCAAAAAUCCAAAUAGCUUCUUUAAUAAAUAUGCAAGAAGAAAAAGAAACUCUCAGUAUAGUAAAAUUGCCUUAAGAUGAAAUUGAAAAAUAUACCUUCUUCACAAUCAAGCAUAUUGAAUGGUAAAUAGGAAGCGAAUACGAUUCCUUCCAAACCACUAAAUUUUAAGAAAGCAUGGAUUAGCUUGUAAAUGCAGUAAAAGAUGAUUCUAAAAUCUUAGAAAAAAAUAAAAAAGUCACCAUAAUGAAACACUUUGCCCAACUAAUUAGAACAGCUGGUUCUUUCUAAGGUUAAUAUUAUUAAAAAUAGCCUGUUGGAUAGAAAAUUAAGGGUUAAUAAAAAGAGUAGUCGAGUAUUUAAAAAUUAUAAAAAAAAUUCUAAAAAGUCUACUCGAUGCCUAUGCUGGAUCCUUUAGUAUUAUCUGCUUGCUGUAAAUUCAUCCAAUAUUAUUUUAAAUACCAUAUGUUCUAGCAAGUGGACAGUCUCAAAAAAUUCUUAUCCCACAUUUAAAAUUGCACAAAUUUGCUUUAGUAUUUGGAUUUAGAUAAUAAGCCAUUUGAAGAAUUGAUUUAACUUGGCUAACUUCAUUUACCUCAUGAAAUAUUCUUUAAGCAUUACAAUUAAGACUUACAAGAUAAUUCUGAAGAAGAAUAUUAUGAAAUAUAAGUUAAUAAUCCAGUUGUCAUGAGUGCUGUUUACGAUAUAUUAGAUCUCUUCAAUUUUUUUUAUUAGAAAGGAAAUAACGACUUUAAGAUAUCAAGAAAGGCUAUAAAACCUAUUAAAGAUGCAAACUCGAUAACAAAGUAAAUUAAAAAAGAAGUAAGAGAGUUAUUGGAUUAAAAGCAGAGAAAAGGGAUCCUCUUAAAAUUAUUAGAAUUAAAUGAUGUCAAUAUAAGAAUUUAAGCUUGUAGAUAACUUUUAUCAUUAAAAACCAUAAGGGGAGAAAAGACAGGAUAGUUAAAUUGGAACUUAAAUGAUCUUUCACUUCUUUUAUCAAGACUUUCUUUCUUAUUUAGUAGUUAAAAAGGAGCUAAAAAGGAAUAAGACAUUUCAUUUAUUAUCUUAAUAUUUUGUAAAUUUUAUACUGAAGUGGAGCCAUAGUAUGUUGAAGAAAUAAUUUAAGAAAUUGGGCAAUUUUAAUAUGACACAAUGCUAGAUAUAUUAGAAGAUGCUUUAGUUUAUAGUUUUGCUAUGAAUGAAGCUUAGUCAUAAAAUAAUUCUGAUUUAUGCAUUUCAACAGUUUUUUUAAUGAAAAAACUUAUAUCUAUCAAAGUUAUUAGAGAAUAAACUUAAAGAGAGUAGAAUUUAAAACGCAUCAAAAAUUGUAUUUGCUAUGAAGGAGAAACAUUUGAUGAAUCUUUUCCUCCUCUUUAAAUCGAAGAUUUAUGUUAAAAUAUUGGUAUUAUCUUAGAAUGCUUUGAAAAUAAGGGCGUAUAAAAUGACUCUCUUUUAGCAUUUAGGUUAAUUAAAAAGCUAGCUGAUAUUUUGGAAGGUGCUACUUACAAAUUACAAGAAAACACCUCUUAAUUAUAGGAAUAAGAAGAAUUUUCUAAUUUAAAUAAUUAAAUUAGCAAAGCAUAGCAACUCUAUUAGCUAAACUUAAAUAAGAGCUAAAGUGGAGGAGGAGGAAGAAAUAAAUCAUUAUCUUUUUAAAAAAAUGAACCAAAGGGAGUAUAGAAAAUUAAAGAUAAUCUAUCAGAAGCUGAAAAAAUAGAUGGCAUGAUACAUUAAUUAAAAAGAAUUAGAUAGCAUUCUAUUAGCUUAACUUCUGAUUAAGAAAAUUCUGUAACAACAUUAACUUCUGAUAUUAUUAAAAAUUUAGAAUCUCAACGCAGAAAUGCCAUAUAAAUAUUAACUUAAGAAAAAGCAAAUGCAACUUUAAAAAAGACUGUUAAUUAAAUGUUUCCAUUGUCAGAUAAAAAUAGUAAAAACUUUUUUAAGUUAGAUGCUAAAAAUGAGAUAAAGAAUUCUUCAGCAGAUUUUGAUUCUAAGUUGUAAGAAAACAAUGAAAACAAUUCAAAUUUUACAUCUAUAAAAGAUUUCUAAAGCAUCAGAAGCUAUACUCGUUUCAAUUUAAUUUAAUUGAUUAAAGAAGAAUGCACUUUGUGGGAUAGAAAAUAAAAAUUCCAAAUUGAUCAAAGCUAUUUUACUUUAUUCUAGAUACAACACAAUUUAUUUUCUUCUCAAUAAGGAUUGUCAAGAAUUUUAACAUUCCUUCAGCCAGACCAUCGUUAUGUUUUAUUGAUGUCCAAAACAAAUUUAAUACAAAGAAUUCUAUACCCAGAAUAGUUUCCAUAAAAAGCAUAAGAUUAAAAAGAGUCUCAAAAGAAUCUUGACUUUGCUAAAUAAGUAAGUGAUAUUCUACUUAUGGGACAAAAGCACACAAAGUUAACUUAAAAUUAGCUAAAUCAAUAUAAUUUUGAGCUUUUUGAUAGUGAAGAUGAUAAUUUUUCAUAUAAUUAAAUGUUUUAUAAUAUCAUAACUAAUGUCACAGAUGUCAUUCUCCUUAAAAUGUUUAUUAAACCAAAACCUAUUGAUAACUAAACAUCAAGUGAUAUUAAGCACAGAAUGUAGAUAACUUAAAAAAAUAAAAAAUCUAUUAUUCUCUCUGCAUUUUUGAGAUGCAUCUACUUCUCCAUUAAAAGCUCCCCGAACGAUGAAAUCAAAGAAUCAGCUAUUAAUUAAGCAAAAAAUAUUUAAACUUUCUACAAAAUUUCGAUUCUUUGCAAAGAAAACGGUUUUAUUAAGGCUUCUCUUGGUUGUAAAUUUUUAACAAUUUGCAGACUCAUUUUUAAGCAUUACCACAAGAUGGCAAUCACAUAGCUAUAAGAGAGAGGACCAUCAAAAUAAUCUCACAUGAAGCAAUAUUAAUAGCUAUCAAUUAAUGAUGAUUAUUAAGAUCAAGAUUAUUAGGAGGGUUAAUUUAAAAAUUGGUCACCUUUAGAAUAAAUAGAAUUGUACAUAGCAACAUUGCAGAGUAUUUAAGAAAUGGUUGGGCUACUAUAUUAAGGGAUAUUUAAAUUUAAAGUAAUUUAAAAAUAAGACAUAAUGCUGAUAAAAGAAAUAGUAAAAACUUUGUAAAUUAUCUUGGAAUAAGUUAAUUCUUUAGACUCUGUUAACAAAGUAUUUACCGAAAACUCUAAGCACAUCAAAAAUAAAUAAGUAUAACAUCCUAGUUUGAAUUUAUAUCCCCAUAAAAGGCAUAUCUAGUUUAUUGUUUAAUAGCUUUUUAAUACUACUAUGAUAAACUAAUUAAGCUAAAUAUUUAUGUUUCCUUAUGACAAUUUGGAUUAAGAAAACAGAAAAAAUUUGAAUCUAGCAACCUAAAUUUAUACUGAGUUUUUUGGCAGUUAUUUCAGUCUCUCCUAGGGGGAUUACCAUAAAGAAGUUUGCACAUUAAACUAUUCAUAACUCAUUCUUAAUUAUGAGUAGAAAAGCUAAGUAAACUAAGCUUUUAUCUAGAAAAUGAUGGAGUGCUGCUUGGAGUCUAAUCUUUCAAUAAAUUUAAUAGAUGAAUUUUAUGUUAAAGACAUACUUAUCUCUUAAGAAAGGGAAAUUCUGUAUUGUUGGAGUUGGGUCUACAUUAGAAAAGAUGAAGAGAAAGAUAAUCCAUAUCAAAAGAUGUUAUUGCUACUUACAAAUUAUGGUAUAUACAUUGUAGAUGUUCAAAUUGGGACUAAAUGUAAUUAGUGCUAUCUGGGUUCUCUUUGUACUGAUAAGUACAAGGUGGAGUACAUUAUACUUUUUUCUUUAUAAAGCAGCGACAGUAGAUAAAGACCAACAUAGCCUUUAACUCUUUAGAAUUAUUUUUCUGGUUUCAGCAACUAAUAAAUUCGUCUCAGCUGCUCAUUUUCUUAACAAACUAUGUUUAGCUAGAAACAAUAGAUUAAAUAAAAUAUGUUAAUCAUAUUUAGAUCUUUAGAAAAAGGAAAUUAAUUCCUUAAAGUUUUAAAUAAAUUGAUUCCAUCUAAGCAUCAGACCAGCAACAAUUUCUUAUCAUUUAUAUAUUCAUGCUUAUUUUCAACUGAUAAUGUUCAUAAAUAUCAUUUUAAUGACUAAGUAAGCAGCAUUGAUAGUCCUAAUAGCUCUUUUGAUUAAGAGUUAAGCAUUUAAGAUGCUAAUUUAGAUAUGUAAAAACAAUAGCAUAAACACUAAAUUAAAAGCAAGAACAGUUUGUAGUUUUUUGUUGCCGUGCAGUAAAAGGAAUAGCACACAUCUCAUAAGUAAAAAAUAAUAAGCCAUGAAAUAACUAUUCUAGCUUCAGACCUCAAUUUUUAGGAUGAAAUCUUGGUAAUUAAAGAGAAACCUUCUGCUAUUUUUAAAUUUUAACAAAAUUACAAUUAAGUACUGCAAUAUUACUACUUUAAAAAUCAUAUGGAAUCAAUUAAAGACAUCAUUUCAUAAGAUAAUAUAAAUUAUAGUUCAGUUGCUCAAGAAUUUAGUGUUAAUAGUGAUAGAUUGUAUGAAAACGUUAUGAAGUGUUUUGAUAUCAAGAGAGUUAAUCUCAAAUGUUUUGCUAAAUUUGAGUUUCCAAAUUAAAGUGACUCAGUAGUUAACAUAGCUGUAAGCUAAAACAUCUUCACCUUUGAUGCUGAAAAGCACACAAAAAUCUCAAAAACUAAAGUUUUGAUAGUGGAUAAAGGCGAUGAUUAUGUUGAUAUUGAGUUCAGACCUAGAUUUUAACAUUUGAAUUAAACUAAUUUAGAAUUGGUUCUGACAUCUGAAUUGAGCAGAUAGGAACUCUAAAUUAUUGUAUAGCAGAGUGUUGAUUCAAAUAAAAAGAACUAAAGUAAUCAAUAAUUAAAUGAAGAUUUUACUUCUUAAUUGAAGCACUUAAUGAGAUAGCAGCAAUUAGAUGGUCAUCAAAAUAAAAAAUAAAUUAACAAAAAAUAAUUAGCUACUUCAUCUAUUAGAAGAUUUAGUAAGCUCAAAGAAACAGUCAAUAAUAAAAUAAUUCCUAAAAUAUAUAACUCCUAAUUAAAUUAGUUAGGCUCAUUGUAGCACAUUAAAGAAGAAUAAAAUGAUUUUGAUAUAUCAAUUAACUAACAAAUUGAAUAAGAUAAAAGUUAAUAAGAUUUAUUUUGA